AUGAUUCCAAGAAGUAUCAAAAUAUCAGAUAGCGAAAUGGAGAGCGAUGAAGAUUUUUCUACGGAAAAGGUGUGAAAGUAUAUACAUGCAUAUGUAACCUACAACUUUUAACUAGCACUUUAUUAUUUCAUUAUAAUGAUGAAAAUAAUUAAUCUUUUUAAAAAUAUUAAAACGAAAAAAUUAAAGGAAAAACUACUUGAUUUUAAUAAAAUGGAAUUUUUUUUACCAAUGAGAUAUCUAAAACUUUACAGUGCACAGGAACAACUAGAUAUUACACACAGGAUAGUUUAGUAUCAGAAAACAUGAGUACAUUUAAUCAACAUGAAAAUACAGAUAUUGAAAAAGAACAAAUUAUUGAACCAAAUGAUAUAAACAAGUUUCUGCUUGACGGAUGGACUCCACUUUUGUAUGCUACUUUUAAUGCACAAAUAAAAGUUACUGAGUAUCUUAUAAAUAAUGGAGUUGAUGUUAAUAAACAUAAAGAUGGCUAUACACCAUUAAUGGCAUUAUGUAAUUCUAAUAAAGAAACAACAGAGCAACGUAUAAAGUGUUUAACAGUAUUAAUUAAAGCAGGUGCUAAUCCAAAUGCAAGCAAUAAAUUAAGACAAACUCCUUUAAUGUUUGCUUGCAUGUCACAAGAAGUAGAAUUUAUAAUAGAACUAAUGAAAUAUAUAAAAAAUAUUAAUGCAUAUGACAGUAGAAAACAAACUGCAUUAAUGUAUGCAACAAUAGCUAAUAAGUCAGAAAUAGUUAAAAUAUUAAUAGAAAAUGCAGCAGAUAUCACAUUGACUGACUUCAAUAAGUUAACUGCAUAUGAUAUAGCUUCUAUGAAAGGACAUGAUAAAAUUUUGUCAUUAUUAAAUUUUAAUGAAGAAGAAGCGACAAAUAUUUAUAAAGUAUCUAAAGUAUACAAUUGGAAAGAUAUAUUUCCAUCAUUAAUUAAUAUAGAUGAUCAAACUGUAGAGUCUGAUGUAGAUAUACUUUUACAUGGAAUGAGCUUAGAAAAAUAUGCUCAUAUCUUUCAAGGAAUAAAUCUUAAGACAUUUUUAACGUUAAAUGAAAACGAUUUAUGUCGUUUAGGAAUGGAUAUUAAUGCACAUAGAAUGCAAUUUAUAGAAUGUCUUCAUAAAUUUCAUAGGAAAAAAUGGAGUGUACAAAGUAUUGGUGUCAUUAAUAAAUCACUACCUUAUACAUUAUAUAAUGGCGUAACUUCAUUAGGUAUAUUAUCCAAACAAAUUGCUAUCAUUGGUUCUAGUUUUCAGUAUGUUAAAAAUAGUUUAAUAAAAAUAAAUAAUGAAAAUGUAUACUUAACUAAGUUACAAAUAUCUAAUUAUGAGCAAGAGCUUAAAAAGACGCAAAAAACACUUAAUAUUCUAAAAAAUGAACUUAUGCAAGUAAAAGCACUUUCCAAAAGAAUUGAGAAAGAAAACGAUAUUGGUAUACCAGCAAUAUAUAUUGGACCAAAGAAACGUAACAUAAAUUGGCCUAUGUUCUUCAGUAUUACACUGAUUGUAGGAAUUUAUGUAUCCAAAACAAUACAUAUUCAGAAAUUAAUGUCAUUAAAAAUAUGA